AUGGCUCUCCAACUAGUUCAGGGGUCCACUGAGCCGUCUUUUUCGCCGUCCACUCCCCGUUUCUGUGGCUUGGUGGCCCUGGAACUUGGAGGUGCCACGAGCGUUGCGGCCCAGGCUAGAGGGGGAUGGACAUGGAGGCAAUGUCAGUCCAUCCAUCCAGAGUCUGGAGCCCAUACCCACGAGAAGAGCAAGAAGGCUGUGGGUUGGGUUGCACUGACGGCCUGCGACAAGUCGUCUGGUCCUUCGCACAUGCGGGUGCGAGGCACCAUGUCUUAUCUUGCCAACCUUCGCCCAGAUUGCUUUGUGCACAAUCUAUCCAAUUCUUUGUCACACGCGUUCCCCAUCAAUGUCGACGUGACGUCCUUCAAACACGUUUCUUUUUACGGGCGUUGUGCCAGCCAGAGCAAUCACCUGCAGUAG